AUGACUAAAUUUGAUUUUCUCAACUUUUUAUCCCCUGAAAUGUCUGCUACAUUGGAGAAAAUUAAAGAAAUCGAAACGGAAAUGGCUAGGACUCAGAAAAAUAAGGCAACCUCCAACCAUUUGGGACUUCUAAAGGCAAAGUUAGCAAAGCUAAGGAAAGAACUGAUUGCUCCUGUGAAGGGAAGCACAAAUACAGAAGGAGGAUUUGAUGUAUCGAAGACUGGGGUUGCCAGAAUUGGAUUCGUAGGAUUUCCAAGUGUAGGAAAGAGUACCCUAAUGUCAAAGUUGACUGGAGUUGAUAGUGAGGUGGCCGCUUACGAAUUUACUACACUGACAGCUAUUCCUGGCGUAGUACAAUAUAAUGGAGCAAAGUUACAGAUCAUUGAUUUACCAGGAAUAAUAGAAGGUGCUAAGGAUGGGAAGGGGCGAGGAAGGCAAACAUCGGGUAUUCGACUCAAUAAACAACCACCGAGUAUCAAGAUAACUAAGAGAGACAAAGGUGGUAUUAACUGUACUGGUGGAAGUUUUGAUAUCGAAAUUAGUAAUGCUGAGGUCAACAUUCAGGGCAAUCCCACUAUCGAUGAAUUUAUAGAUUCAGUGGCAGGAAAUAGAAAAUACAUACCUGCAAUUUAUGUUCUAAACAAGAUAGAUGCAAUCUCAAUAGAAGAAUUGGACAUAAUUUACCGUAUUCCUCAUGCUGUUCCCAUAAGCGCAGAUAAAUGCUGGAAUUUUGAUACCUUGAUGAGGAAGUCUUGGGAAUAUCUUAACUUCACAAGAAUAUAUCCCAAACCAAAGGGCAAAGAGGUGGAUUAUGAGGAGCCAGUGAUUUUACGCGAAAAAAAAAGAACUGUUGCAGACUUUUGCAACUCUAUUCAUAGGCAAAUCUUGUCAAAGUUCAAAUAUGCUAUUGUGUGGGGUACAUCAGUUAAACAUCAAAAGCAAAAGGUAGGGAAAGAUCAUGUACUGAAUGAUUGCGAUGUGGUGCAAAUAGUUAAGGAUUAUUUUAUCAAAGGACAGUUUAUUGGUAAUAGGGAACUUCUUCUGAAGCAUAUAGAUAUGUGA